GUACAACACAUUGAAUAUUAGUUCAGCAGAUAGUCAAAAUGAUUGAAUAUCAGUUUAGCAGAAAUGAUUGAACUUUGUAGGAGACAUUUCGUGCGUUUAAAAUGCAUCGCUCAUGCUAUGGCUAUGUUCAUUAUAUUUGUGCGUAGUUUAAAUAAUGUUCUUGGUCAUUUUAGUCGAGCUUUUAAUACAAAGAUGAAUGCGAUCAGCGGCGACCGGUAGUGACGCCAGAGAGACGGUCUCAAGGUGCGUCUUUUACUGCGGCUGCCGUCAAAAUCACGGCGUUCAAACAAUGCACGUAUUGUUUUAAACAGGACUGACUUGCUGUCUGCUGUUGACUGUUGAGAAGCACUGUCUUGAGGUCCACUGCAGCGCCUUCAGACCCGUGUUUUUAAAGUGCUUGUGUAGUCUGCAGUGCUGCAGUAAUUGGUCGCAGUGUCCUGGUCAUUACGUGCCGCGAGCCGCGAUAAAAUGGGUCAAAAUCUCUGUGAAAAGUCAUAAAUUUCAAAAAGAGAGUAAAAUGGACUAUAGACGCAAGAGGAGACUGACCUUCUUCACUAUAGGACUGAUCUUCUUACUGAGCGGGAUCGAGUACGCUGUGAUUUUGCCCACAAUAUGGAGGUAUCUGCAGACGUUAAACGCAGCACCGUACUUUCUUGGUCUCAGCCUAUCAGCAUUCAGCUUCAGCGGGCUUCUCGCUGGUCCUUUGUUUGGCUUCUGGUCAGAUCGCACACUCUCCACCAAAAAAAUCAUCCUGUUCGCCAAUGUCUUUGAGAUUGUCGGUAAUUUCAUGUAUUUUAUGGGAUACUCCAAAUGGUUAUUGCUCUGCAGUCGUCUAGUUGCAGGUAUUGGCACUGGUGCUGGAUCAUCGAUCUUCGGCUUCUUGACUAGAAAUACAGCUCCUGAGGACCGUUCAACUGUUUUUGCUGCGGUUAUGGCCUCCCGUCAAGCUGGGCUUCUCAUUGGUCCUGCAUUCAAUAUCUUUCUCAGACUCUGUAACUUCCAGAUCGGACCUUUUACAGUGAACAAAUACACUUCCCCGGGACUCUUCAUGUGCCUGCUGUGGAUCCUUCUUCAGUUUGUCAUCCUGUUCAUGUACUGGGACUUCACUUCUCAAGACGAAACGUGUCAGAGGAACGGAGUGGAGCGGGAGGAGGUGGAGCAGGAGGAAGAAGAGGGAAAACCUUUGGUUGGGCACAACGAGCUCACUGGCUCAUACGGGACGGUCACCAGCGUCCAGUCCAGGACCUCUUCAGUGGCCAACGGAGAAGUGACCCAUGUUUCCCCUCCGCCUUCACCUCCACCUGAGGAGGUCAACUCCAGUCCCUUCAAGAACUUCAGUGCCAGCAGAGAGUUCCUCAGAGAGGAGGUGGUUGUGCUGCUGGCUGCUCAGUUUAUCACACUGUUUAAUCAGACAGCUCUGGAGACUAUGGUGACUCCUCUGACGCAGAAGUUCUUUAACUUUGGCGAGUUGGAGAACAGCAUCAUGUACUGUGUUUGUGGCGUCGAGGUAAUCUCUGGCUUCCUGUUCGUGCGCUGGUUGAGCAAGCGUGUGGCGGAGCGAGUGGUGCUGGCCGUCGGCCUCAUCCUCUGCAAUAUCUCCUGUGUCUGGUGCCUGAUCUUCCUGGCCAAUCCUCAGGGUGGAUUUGCGUGGCAGCUGGCGGAGUUCAUCAUUGGUGUUUUCCUUCAGGUCCUGGGCCUUCCUUUUGUGGCAGUCGCCCAGGUGUCUCUCUUCUCCAAAAUUACAUCAGAGAAGACGCAAGGGUUCACUCAGGGGAUCCGGCGCUCUGUCGGAGGACUGGCCACCAUUCUCGGGCCUCUCUGGGCGGGCGGGCUGACCUCUGACCUGUACAUCAUGCUGGGGCUGAUGAUGGGUCUGCUCGCUCUACUCACCAUCAUGAUGGUGGUGUCGUAUGAGCGGCUGGUGGCACCCGUAACUGUAGACAAUCCCACAGGAACUGAGUCAGAAGACUGACGCAGGUUUGACAUCGACUAGCUUGUGCCGUUGUUGGUGAGCAAGCAGACACUGAAUCAUUUGACUCAAUAAAUCUUGAGAAAUCAGUCUAGGUUUGACUCACUUAAUGCAGCUCCAGCUGAAACACCAUCAGUGACGAGUGGACAACAUCUGGAUUCACUGCAGCAGUAGAAAUGAAUGCAGUGAAUGGAGACGUCAGGAGUGGGUAAGACCAACAUAACAAGCAGAAUGGCAAAAGCGAGGCUGAUGGAUAAAUGAGGUGAAUCUGUAGAUGUCUUCAUCUCUGCUCUGUGCAGAGCUUUGAUCAGGGCUAAGACUCUUUUGAUAAAUGCACGUUUCUGCUAUAUUUCCUAUGGAAACUCCAGUAGAUUAAAUGUUUUAGGAUUAAAAACGAAAGGCCACAAAAUCCGUUUACGAGUGUCAUGAUGUUUUUAUAUUAAUAAAGAGAUUAAUGCAAUAAGUUUAGAACAGUAUGGAUUUGUUGUUGAUUGAUUAUUUAAUCAAAGAAAAUAUUAUCCAUUUACUGAUUUUUUUAAAUGAUGCUGAGGAGGUUUGUGUUAGAAAGCUUCAUGAUUUUAUUAUUAUUAUUAUUAUUAACCAAUAAGUUUACUGAUACUUUGAAAGAAAAAAAAUAAAAGAAAUGAUAUUAUGCAACCUCAGACCCAAAAGUAGCAGGGCUGCAUUAAGAUAAAUUAAAAUUGGAAAAAAAAUAACCCCAUUACGUCUCAAAAAUAUUUUUGUCUCUCAACUCUGAAUUUUUUUCUCGCUAUUAUUAUUAUUUUAUUAAUUUUAUUAUUAUUAUUAUUUACUACAAUGAAAAAUUAAAAUAAGGCAAUUGUGACUCUUUAUCUCACAAUUCUGACUUUUCUUUUCAGAAUUGCAAGAAAAAAAGGCAGAAUUAUCAGAUUAAAAUUUGUAAUUACUUUAUUUUAUUGUUUUAUUAUUAUUAUUAUUAUUAUUACUACAAUUUAGUGGUUUAAAAUUCUUAUAUCUAGAAUAUAUUUUUCUAAAAUUGUUCAAACAAAGAUGACUUAUAACAGGUAAAUUAUAGAUCUUGACAAAACAAAAACAAAUACGAUUUCAUUUCAUAAAACCAAACUAUUAUUUUUAAAUGGUGAAAUGUCUCAGCAUGACCGGGUUAAACAUAAUGUCUCCAUGAUUUAAAAAUGUAUAAAAUAUUUUAGAAAAAAAAAAAAAAGUGAAAACACAAAAUUUCAGUUAGUUUCAUUUUGCCCCCCUCUCUCUUAUAGCCAAUUAAAAUAUAAAUUGUAGUGACAGAGAAAUAUAGUAUAUUUGGAUAAAUAUAAACAUUUAAUGAUUUUUUAAAAUAUUAAAUAUAUUUUAAUAAUAUUAAAAUAAUAGUAUUUUAAUAAUACCGUAUUACAAUAAUAAUAAGUUUUGCAUUACACUAAAGACUAAAGGUAAAUCUCAAAUGAUUGGGAUUAAUAGCAUGUUCAUUGAAUGUGUAGAAUACAGCUAUAUAUAAACUGUCCACUUGAGGGCGACAUUAACCCACAUAAAACAAUCCAGUAACCACUGAGAAUGACAGAAAUAUUGAGGCAUUUAUGAAUCUACAAUAAAGUCAUUACUCCAGUUUUCUCCUCUGCACUGGCUGACUUGUAAAGUGACAGUAUUUGUUAGUGAAACUACUCUGCGAUCACUACUAUGCAACAACAUAUUACAAUUAAUAUCUAAGAACUAUAGUGUGACUAUGGUUUUGUUAAUUUUUUUUUUUAGCAGAAAUAUUUUGUCCUUAAUACAAUUUUUGUUUUAACAUAGUUGUGUCAUAAAUUAUGCAAAUCUGUAGCACAAAUUAAGUGUGCACUUAAAUGUGUGACCAGACAAUGUGUUUAAAGAUUGUAUGUAGUUUUACUUUUGUCUUUUAUUGCAACUAUAUGUAUUAUUAUUAUUUAUCAACUACAUGUAUUAAUAUUAUUCUGUGUUUUAAAUGUUCUGAAUUAAUUUUUCAGCUUCUGAUGAAUUUACAAGGGGCAGGCUAUUUUGUUAGAUUUUUAAAAUUGUACUUUUUUUUUCUUUUUUUAAUGGGUCAUUCAUCUACAAUGAUUAAUUAUUAAAGAAAAGAAACAGCAUUGAAACAUUUUCUGUUUCUAACUGAAAAUAAUGGGAUCUGUGUUCCGAUGGGAAUCAUCCAGGUGCUUCUUGACAAAGAUUAUUAUUAUUUUUAUUUAUUUAAUUUUUUCGCGCACUGUUUUCCGUUCUGUUGUUUUCCCAUAAAGCCUAUUUUUACCCCAUGUCUCUUAAUAAACUGAAAAAUGUCUA